CCACUUGUCCACGCCUGUCUACCGCACCUAGCCUAGCUGGCAGUAGACCGCUUCACUAGCAGCUAGCUAGGCUAGACACACAGCUGGUAUGGACCAUGUCUUAAUUCCUAAGUAACUAGACUAUAUUAAUUUGCAUGGUAGCUGCGUUUUGUCUUACAGUUAAGAUAAUUUCUUUUGGGACCCUGUUGAAUGUAAUAAAUAGCUAGCUAGGCAUGGCAGAAGUGCUGCGGCUAGCGUAGCCUCACAGUUGGAUUUUUUUGCAAGCUAGUUUAAACGACCCGCUAUCGGUUUUCUAUCUCACAAGUUAGCGACUAGUCUUGUCAGUUUGCAUCGGUGAAACUAUAAAGUAAUUAAACUAUUUGCUUUUCAGGAUUAAAAAGCGUCUGUUUUGUUGGUUGUAACAUACGGUAGAUCGUCGACAUUUUAUGCAGGGGGAUUAAGUUCUAGCAAUGCAAUGAGAAUAAAAACUAUUGCACAACUUACUUCUACAACUAUGAAGUGCUUGUUCAUUAGUCUUGAACAAUUAUCUAGUUUAUGUAUGCUACUUGCACAAACUAUAUAGACGGUGAGCUGAUAACAACGAACCUCACCCAAGAACGCUAUAUAAGGUGUCCUUGUCUUAUGACAGACUUAUCAAUUGCUUUAAUCGCCUUGAAGCUUUGCAUUACUUGCUGCUGGUGAGGCAAUACACAGCACACGGCCAGACAUGUAGUAUCAUUCUAUUCAAAGUCGUGCGAUGGUUAACAAACAUAUUUAGGCUCAGACAAUCAGGAUGAUAUUUGAUUAUAAUGAGCGAUCUAUUUGAAAGGCAAAGGCUUUGCUUUUUACAGAGCCUGUUGUCAACUGGUUCAGAUGUUUUCCACAAGAGGUGUUGCUAAGCAUGCCUCACUUGGAUGGUAUGUAGUAAAAGGAUUCCCUCGUUGUGUGUUGACAUUUCCUUCAAGCUAACGGUGUGAGAGCCCGGCGCUAUGUAGCCUUGUGUGCCACAGGGUGACUUUGUCUCCGGAGAAAGAAGUUCGCCGAUCUGCAGAUGCAGCUCCUCUGGACAUAAAGCACGAUGGAUUUUAAAGAGGCGAGGACGGAGCUGGACCAGAUCGCCGUGCGUCUGCAGGAGGACGGUCUGCCUCCAGGGGCGAGCUCAGAGGAGCGCCAACGUCACCUGUGGCGUCAGCUCCGAGAGGGCGAUGAGGCCCUGCGCUCCUCCCAGCAGGAGAUGCUGGCUCUGAGAACCCAGCAGGCCAGCGAGAUGAAGGAGGUAGAGAACUACGUGGAGCACAUCCGCGGGCUCCUGGAGGAGCGGGAGUCUCUGACUGCAGAGUACGAGCGGGACAACGAGCAGCUGCGUCUGGACCUGGAGCACAUCCGGCUCCAGCAAGAGUCCCAGAGGAAGGAGCUGGAGGAGAUGCUGAUCCAGGAGGGCCUGGGGGAGGUGGGCCUGAGUGGCCCCAGUGAGCAGGUGGCCUACCUGCUGGUGGAGAGGGCCACCCUGCUGGAGAGGCUGGAGUCUGCAGAGAGGAGGCUUGACACCCAGAGCCUCACGGGCAGCCUCCGGGAAGUCCACAUGCAGGAGGAGCUGGAUCAGAUCCGUCACACCAUGGAGGAGGAGCUACGUCAGCAGAGAGAGGUCGCCCAGAAGACCAGAGACACCAUGAGCAAGCGCGCAGGUCAGAGCUCCUGGAAGAAGCUGUUUGGUCUCCGCAGGUCUCCUCAGAGCCCACACUCUGCCCCCCUCGUGCACAGCGAGGACCUGUCCCGGCAGUGUUCAGACCGCCAGCAGCUGGAGCGGGAUCUGGACGAGGCGUCCCGCCGGCUCGCCAUGGCCCACCUGGACAUCCGCAGGCUGACGGACGAGCUGGACGCCGCCAGGAAGAACCACGGAAUGAGCGGAUCGGAGCUGGAGAGGACUGGUCAGGAGGUGGAGAAUCUGAAGAAGGAGGUGGACAAGCUGAAGCACUGUGACAUGAUGGAGAUGCAGAGAGCGAAGGAGCAGAACGAGAGGCUGGAAGAGGAGAUCCGAGUUCUCAGGGAGAGAGUACGCUCCCUGGACUCAGAGAAGAGAACGCUGUCAGAGAAGGUGACCAGGGAGGACCUUGACAGCAAAGCCCCAGGAGAGAAGACCCCUAAAGAGCUGCAAGACACCCCAGCCGAGGAGCAGAUUCAUAAGAGGUGUGUGGCGGCGGUGGAGGACGCCCGCUGCCAGGUGCGGGAGCUGCAGCGGCGCCUGCAGAGGCAGCAGGAGGAGCAGGAGGAGCUGGUGGAGAGGAACGAGGAGCUGGAGGCCCUGCUGGGGGAGACCCAGAACUGCAGCAAGGAGGAGCGCCUGCACCAAGAGGGGGAGCUGGAGGGACUGCACCGCAAGAUUAGGAGCCUAGAAGCAGAGCUGAACAAGAUGGCCGCCCUGGAUCCAGCAGUGAGGGAUGGAGAGACCAGCAGAGAGACCAGCAGAGAGACCGAGACCUUCACACAGCAGCAGACGAGGGCCAGCAGCCAGGAGCGGGCCAGCCUGCUGGAGGCCCGUCUGACGGAGGAGAAGGACUGGAGGAAACAGCUGGAGCAGGACCUCAACGCCGCCCAGGCCGCACUCAAGAAGGACAAGGAGGCUCUGCAGGUGGGAGAGAGGGAGUUGAAGAACCUGAGGAUGGAAGUUCAGAGCCUGCAGACACAGUGCCAGCAAGGCAAGACGCUCAUCAAGAGCCUGACCCAGGUUAAAGGAGAGAAGGGUCUUCUAGAGGAGAAGGUGGCCCAGUUGGAGCGCGCUCAGAGCCGCCUGAGGGAGGAGCUGGAGAGGGAGCGGGGGGGGGGGCGGCCGCGCCAGGAGCAGCUGCAGGAGGGCCGCGCCCAGGCGGACCAGCUCAGGGGACAGCUGGAGCGGGUCACCUCGGAGCUGUCCAGCCUGCAGGAGGAGAACCGCAGUCUGAGGGACGAGAUGGCUCGUGAGCGGAGACAGAUCAGUGACCUCCAGGCCCAGCUGAGCACCUUGGUCCAGGAGAAGCUGCAGGCCCAGGGGGAGAGGGAGAGGCUGGGUCUGGAGGCCCAGGUGGAGAUGCUGGGUCUGGAGACCCGGGGAAAGAGAGACAGGCUGGGUCUGGACCUCCAGGUGUCCAGGGAGCAGACCACCAGGGCAGGGCAGGAGCUGGAGACCCACUCUGGGCAGUCAGCCUCUAGCCUCAGCCUGGCAGACAAGACCAAGGAGGAUGGCCUUAACCAGCUGUCGUGUCUGAAGCUGGAGCUGUCUCGUGUGCAGGCCACGCUGCAGCAGGAGAGGCAGCUGGCCUCUCAGCACCAGGCCACUCUGCAGGCCCAGAUCACAGAGGCCCAGGCACGCACCAAGUGUCAGGACUCUGUUCUGGGCCAGAGGACGGAGGAGGAGAGGCAGGUGAAGCAGGACCUGCAGAGGGCCCAGAGCCUGUUCACCUCGGCAGAGAGAGAGCUGCGCUACGAGAGGGAGAAGAGCCUGGAUCUGAAGAAACACAACACUCUGCUGGAGCAGGAGAAACUCAAGCUGUGUGCGGAGCUGAGGCAGACCCAGGCCCGUCAGGCCCAGGCGGAGCAGGGCUCCCAGGGCCAGGCUGCAGAGACGGAGCGUCUGCAGCAGAGGCUGCGGGAGCUGCAGCUGGAGCUGGCUCGCAGCGGACACAGCCUCACUACCAACGCCAGCCUGCAGGAGGAGCUGCAGGCGGAGAGGGCUCGCGUCAUCGCAGCCGAUAAAAAGGUGGUGGAGCUGCAGCAGCAGCUGAAGACGUGUCAGCACCAGCUGCGUCUGGAGGAGGCCAGGGCUGGAGAGACCAGCCGGCUGGAGAGAGACUCCAGGGACAUGUCAGACUCUCUCUCUGCCCUGAGAGGCAGGCAGCAGGAGGAGCAGCUGCACAGGAAGCUGUUGGAGCAGCGUGAGGAGGAUCUUCAGCAGCAGCUGCGCUCCCUGAGGGGGAAGGAGGCGUCUCUGGGCCGCAGCAGCACUGAGCUGGGCCGUCGCUGCCAGCAGCUGGAGGCUCGUCUGGCUGUCCUGGAGGCCGAGCUCAGCCAGGCCAGGGACGAGCAGAGAGAGAGCCAGAGGACGGCUCUCAGGCUGGGGGGAGAGCUGGGUGCCAGUCAGCAGGAGGGGGAGAGACUCCAGGAGGAGAUCCAGCAGGUCAUCACCCAGCUGGACACACACAUUAGGAAGCACAACGAGAAACAGUCUCAGCACAAGAUCAAGCUGAGGAAGGCCAAGCAGAUCUUCCUGAAGGCUACGUCUCAGAGAGACCGCACCAUCCACAAACUGGAGAACGACCUGGCCCUGGCCUUCAGCCUCUCCCAGAAGGAGAAGGACUGGAUCCGGACGGUGAUGGAGGAGAACGAGAAGCUGCUGGUGGAGAGGAGGGAUCUGCUGGGGAGGAUGAGCGAGGCGGAGGAGCUGGGCAGCAACGGCCUCAGGACCGCGUCCACCGUUCAGCACAGGGUCAACAUGUUAGAGGUGGAGAACAGACAACUCCAGGAAAGAACCCUCAAGUUGUCCAAUCAGGUCGGGGCACUGGAGCGCACCCUGAGGAACGUCCAAUCGUUUUGUAGCCUUGAGGAUGUGAAGAAAAUGUACAAUUCUGAAAGUCUUCUUAAUGACAGUACUCUACAUACAUCAACUAUAAGUCUGACAUCGGGUGCGUGUGAUCCUCUGGGCAUCCUGGAUGCCAUUUGUCGGAUGAAGGCCAGUGAGCGCGUGGUGGGGGGCACCCGCACCGCCUUCUCCGUGCCCAGCUCUCAGCCCUCAGAGCUGGGAUACCUCAACCUCACCUCCCCCUCGUUCCCUCCGGAGCCUAAAGACCCAGAGGACGGCCUCGGUGUAGCAGAUGAGCAGGUAUGACAGCAGGGUGGACAGCAGGGUGGACAGCAGGGUGGACAGCAGGGUGGAGCAGGUAUGAUAGCGGGGUGGACAAGGGAGCAAGUCAUAAAUCUGAAUCGCUGUAUCUGCCAUAAGGACAGUGGACGCGGGAAAUUGACAUUUAGUCAUUUAGCAGACGCUCUUAUCCAGAGUAACAGGGACAUUUUCCCCGAGACAAGUAGGGUGAAGU